AUGACUACUAACAGUAUGACGGCGGAAACUGGUCUCAAUCAAAUACUCAACGAAAUAGCGAAAGUUGACGAAUUGGUUGAAGCAUUCAAUGGAUAUAUUCAAAAAGAUUCUUUAAAGAACUGUGAGCAAAUUGAGAAGUUAUUCACAAUGCUUACAAAUAUAAUCAUCCGGUUGAAUGAUGAACAAUUAAGCAUGAGCAUUAAAAUUAUAUUAAAAAUUGCUUCUACACAAACAGUUAGUGUGCGCCAAAAAGUUUUUCUCCAUAUGCUUCAAAAAUUAGUUCAAAAACAUGGUGUCUCUUCAAGGUUGAUGUGUGAAUGUAUUAUUAAUUCUGAAUACCUCGUACAUACAAAUUCUGAAUUCUGGAUAGAGUGUUUUCAUAUAAUUAAAAGUAUAUUAGCUACAGUUGACUAUAAAGGCGUUAGAGAAAUAAUGAAGAGUUGCUUUGAUAAAGUGGUUGCAAUGCCUAAAGCAUUACCUGCCUCUAUAUUGCCCCAGUUUAUUGCACUUGAAGAAGUCAUACGAUAUAUAUUCGAUAGAGAAUCUUGUCUCCUUCCUGGUUAUUUUGUUAUUAAUGAAAUACUUAAAGUAUACAGCGAAAACAAGGGAUGGCCUCAUUGGAAACUUGGUUGUUUGGUAUCAAACUUUGUGGAGAGCUUUCGGGGUGCUGCACAAAUGACAUCAAUGAUUGGUCAUUCUUCUAUGUUACCUGUAGUAGAGCAUUCUGGUUAUGGCGAUCACUUAAUCACUCCAUGGAAAUUAGAUCCAAAUACAUUAAAGCUGACCUUAAAAGGAAACAUACCUUACCCUAAACAACUGUUACAGCCACAGACAAAAUUAUUAAGAUAUGUACUUGAACAGCCUUAUUCUAGAGAUAUGGUUUGUUCCAUGCUUGGUCUACAGAAAAUGAAUAAACAAAGGUGUAUAGUAUUGGAAGAACAAUUGGUAGAAUUAAUAAUUAGAUCAAUGGAAAAAAGUGAUAAAGAAGUGACAGAAGGUGCAGAUCCAGAAGAAAACCAUUGGUUGUGGUUACAUAUAUCAAGUCAAUUAAUUUAUUUUAUAUUAUUCCAAUUUGCUGUAUUCCCAAAUGUUGUCAAUGCUCUUCAUGAAAAAUUGUUAAAAAAAGAUUUACAUAGAUCAAGAGAUCGUUUGAUGUGGGUACUUUUACAAUACAUAUCAGGAAGUAUUCAACGAAAUUCACUUGAAAAUAUUUUGCCAGUAUUGAAAUUGUAUGACUUAUUGUACCCUGAAAAAGAACCAUUACCUGUUCCUGACACCAGUAAUGCACUUUGCACUCAUCAAAUGGCCAUUACUUGCAUUUGGAUUCAUUUAUUACGUAAAGCUCUUAUGGACAACAUUAAAUUUCAUAGACCAAUACCAUUAGCUUUAAAAGCACAUCACGAUUAUUUACAGAUGCUGGUACAGCCUUCAAAUAGUGCUUUGUGUAUGGGUACUGAUUACCGUGUACCAUUAUUGUGUAAUGCCUUUUCUACAAAUAAUGAAUGUUUAUCCCGUCCAAUGGCUGCUCUUGUAGAUGCUGUGUUAGGGAGUAGUAGUAAUCGAGGUAUAUCUGGUGUAACAUCAAACGCACAGCAGUCGACUCAGUCACCGGUAAUUACACCUGCGGUAGGUGGAACAUCUCCAGUAGCUUCGGUACCAGGAUCUGGUGGCACUACUAGUCCAAUUAGUGGGAAUGCUUCUUCUUCCAAUGCAAUGGGUCCAACUACACCACUCAGUAUGGCUGUUUUAGAUUCGUUGACAAUUCAUGCAAAAAUGAGUUUAAUUCAUAGUAUAGUGACUCAUGUACUGAAAUUGGCGCAGUCCAAAUCCAAUUUAGCAUUGGCACCUGCGCUUGCAGAAACAUAUAGCAGACUUUUAGUUUACACUGAAAUAGAAUCAUUGGGAAUCAAAGGAUUCAUAAGUCAAGUAUUACCUACAGUUUUUAAAUCACAUGCAUGGGGAAUUCUAUACACUCUGUUAGAGAUGUUCAGUUACAGAAUGCAUCACAUUCAGCCACAUUAUAGAGUUCAGCUCCUUUCUCAUUUACACAGUUUGGCUGCAGUACCUCAAACUAAUCAAACUCAACUCCAUUUAUGCGUGGAAAGCACUGCAUUGAGACUGAUUACUGGCCUUGGGAGUAAUGAAGUGCAACCACAAUUAUCUCGAUUUUUAAGUGAACCAAAAACUUUGGUAUCAGCUGAAUGUGAAGAACUCAAUCGUGCUCUUGUCUUAACAUUAGCUAGAUCCAUGCAUAUUACAGGCACAUCAGCAAGCCAAGAAGGGUCUUGGUGCAAAGAGUUAUUGACUACAAUCAUGGCCAAUACACCACAUACUUGGGCUCCACAUACAUUACAAUGUUUUCCUCCUGCACUUGCAGAUUUCUUUGUCCAUAAUCCGAUUACUAAAGAAAACAAACAGCAACUAAAAAAAGCAGUGGAAGAAGAGUAUCGGAAUUGGGCCUCAAUGACAAAUGAAAAUGAUAUAAUUGCACAUUUUUCUGUACCUACUGCUCAUCCACUAUUCUUAUGUCUUCUAUGGAAAAUGAUUAUAGAGACCGACAGAAUCAAUCCAAUUGCUUAUAAGAUAUUGGAGCGAAUCGGUGCUCGAGCUUUAUCUGCACACCUUCGCAAGUUUUGUGAUUACUUGGUAUUCAAAUUUGCGGUGUCAGAAGAAGGGCAACAUGUUAACAAAUGUGUUGAUGCUAUCAAUAGCAUGAUUUGGAAGUACAACAUUGUUACAAUUGAUCGCCUUGUUCUUUGCCUCGCACUUCGUACACAAGAGGGCAGUGAAGCUCAAGUGUGUUUUUUUAUUAUACAGCUACUUUUAUUUAAAGGGGCUGAGUUCAGAGCUCGAGUGUGUGAAUUUGUUAAAGAAAACUCACCUGAACAUUGGAAACAGUCUAAUUGGCAUGAAAAACAUUUAGCAUUUCAUAGAAAAUAUCCUGAAAAAUUUGCCCCUGAAGGAAUUUUGGAUCCUGCAUCUUAUCAGCCUUUACCAGUGUAUUUCGGAAAUGUUUGCCUUAGAUUUUUACCGGUUUUCGACAUAGUUAUUCAUAGAUAUCUUGAAUUACCACCAGUAACUAAGUCAUUAGAAACACUCUUGGAUCAUUUGGGAUGCUUGUAUAAGUUCCAUGAUCGCCCUGUCACAUAUUUGUACAACACGUUGCAUUACUAUGAAUCCAAGUUACGUGAUCGACCAUCAUUAAAACGUAAACUUGUAUACGCGGUACUUGGGUCACUUUGUGAAACACGUGGCUGCUGGACACUGUCUGAAUCGUAUCAAAGGUACAACAUACAGACACCAGCAUCCACGAAUGCCAAUUCAAUGGGUACUAGUACCGAUGUCACGGUUACUCCUUCAGCUCCUAUAUGGGUGCCUGACCUAGAGUAUUAUGUUAUGCUGGUCAAACGAAUUACGGACACCAUGAAUGGAAAUGUGAAGUUUCCAAACAUAGACUGGAGAUUUAAUGAAUUCCCGAAUCCUGCUGUUUACGCGCUAUACAUGACAUGUGCAGAACUCAUGGCUUUACCACUAGCUCCAGCUUCAGUGGCUAAUUCUUUACUUGAUGUUGUGAUGCAAAGGUAUACUGAAAUUCCAUCUCAUGAAAUACAUUGCUGGAUAAACAGUAUUGGUCUUAUAAUGUCUGCCAUGCCAGAACCAUUCUGGGUGACAUUACAAGACCGAAUAAUGCAAAUGAUGCAAAGCCCUGGUUUGGCCACAUGGCAGUACGCACACACGCCAUUCCAAUUAUUUAAUUUUGAUCUCGCUCAUGGAUGUAUGCUUGACAACCGAUUUAUUUACAUGUUGGCCUUAGCUCACGCCACAUGGCAUCAUGCUGGCGUUGGACACAUCGCUUCUAUACCACUGUUUGUAAAAGAAAAACUGGGUACCUCUGUGUACAGUGAAGAACAAUUUAUAUUUUUAUGUCAUUUGGUCGCACCAUUCUUAUCUCGUUAUAAUCUUGAUAAGCCAUCGCCAUCUAUAGUAGACAUCACUGUGGAACUAUUUAAUGCUUUGGAAAGAAUGGACAAGCAUGUUCAGACUUUACGUUACAUGGACCCAAUCUGCGAUCUAUUAUAUCACAUAAAAUAUCAGUAUGUGGGAAAUUUAAUGAAAUCUGAAGUAGAAGGGAUUGUGUACCGGCUUAGACUACCCUUACAAAAGAAAUUGAGGUUUAUUACACAAUUAAGUUUAGCUGAAGUCGAGGCAAUGAAUCAACCAAGUGCAGAUCCUGUAGUUGUGAUCACGAAUGGUACAAAUGGCACUGCGAUGCCUCAAAAUACUAAUGCUACUUCUGUACCACAGUAAUUGGUUGAACUUCAUAAUUAAUUACUUUUUACUGUACUAUAUUAUAAAUUAUUUAUACAAUACAAUACAAGUAUAGUUUUUUUUUUUAAUGUUAUAAUUUUAUUACAAUAGA